AUGAACUCCCAAUUGCAUUCUUGGUUUCCAUCGUCUCUAAUCAUCACAGUAAUAACCUUGCUGCUUCCAAUCGUGGAAUCACAAGCUAAUUCAAGCCGCCUGCAUGAAUCCAUAUCUCAAGACACCUGCACUGCUUCCUUCACCUGUAAAACUCUUUCUGGAAUCCAAUACCCUUUCUCGAGACGUGAAGAUCCCAUCCCCUGCGGGUAUCCUGGCUUCGUGCUCGACUGUAAUGGCAGCAAUUCACCUACUAUUGACAUAAACAAUAUGACUUACCAUGUUCUCAGCAUCGAUCAAUCGUCCCAGAUCUUGAAGAUCGUUAGAGAAGAUGUAAUGGAGUCGAUCUGUCCACAUGAUUUUGUCAACACCACCAUUGAUGACCAGCUUUUCGACCACUUCUCAACUUACACAAAUCUCACUUUCCUCUAUGGAUGUCCAGAGUCUUUCAAUCUUCCUGGAGUUCAUCUUAACCAGUUCUCUUGUGAUGAGAAUGGGAUCGAUAAAGUUCUGGUUUUGCCCGGAGAAGAAGGCCCUGGAAUCUGUAAAGAGAGUGUGAUCAUCCCUGUUCCUGCUACGGCUAUCGGAUCCACAGGAUUGGUAAAUUCAACUGGUUUGAGUCAGGUUCUCCGGGGAGGAUUUGAGGUCAGGUGGAAGCUGGAUGCAACAGCUUGCAGCCGGUGCACCCAGUCUGGCGGCAGCUGUUUUUACAAUUAUGAUACGAAUAGAACCUCGUGUGCUUGCCCUGGUUCGCCUUCGAUCACAAAUAUUUGCACCAUGGCUAACACAACCCGAGCCAGUUCCUCACCAAAAGAGAGGUCCCUGACUAUAGCCCUUCCGAUUGCAGGUGGGAUUCUUGCUGCCAUUGGCAUCGGCUUGGGAUUGUUUGUUUGCAGACAGCGGAAGAAAAGGCAAGCUAUCAGAGAAGAUGAAACAGCUGAGAACAAAGAAAGUGUGACCGCUGUUUCAAUCAAAGGACUUGCUACGGAUUUUCCGGCCACCAUCACUUCUUAUACUUCCUCAACAACAACAGAGUUUGGAAACAGCAGCUAUUUCGGCACUCGUGUAUUUAAUUAUAACGAACUGGAAGCAGCAACUGAUGGUUUUGAUGAUUCAAGAGAACUUGGAGAUGGUGGUUUUGGAACUGUUUACUACGGUAAGCUCGUGGAUGGUCGAGAAGUCGCAGUGAAGCGCCUAUAUGAGAACAGUUUCAAGCGGGUGGAGCAGUUCAUGAACGAGGUCGAAAUCAUAACGAUGAUGGAUCACGAAAACCUUGUGAAAUUUUAUGGAUGCACUUCAAGACGAAGCCGAGAACUCCUCCUAGUUUACGAGUACGUUGCCAACGGCACAGUAGCCGAUCAUCUUCACGGAAAACUAGCCAACUCGAAUUCAGUAUCUGGUCAUUGGCCUAACUGGACAUUACGGCUCAAUAUCGCAAUAGAAACAGCUGAAGCAUUAGCGUACCUCCACGAGUCCGACAUCAUUCACCGCGACGUGAAAACCAGCAACAUUCUCCUCGAUAAGAGUUUCCGAGUGAAGGUUGCUGAUUUUGGGUUGUCCAGAUUGUUUCCAUUCAACGCCACCCAUGUCUCCACCGCGCCACAAGGGACGCCGGGCUACGUGGAUCCCGAGUACUACCAAUGCUAUCGGUUGACAGAUAAGAGUGAUGUUUAUAGCUUCGGAGUGGUGUUAAUGGAGCUCCUAUCGUCGUUACAAGCCGUGGACACGAGCAGACACAGGCAUGAUAUUAACUUGGCUAACAUGGCUGUUGACAGGAUCCAAAACCGUAGGUUGGAUGAGUUGGUUGACAGGAGAAUUGGGUUCGAGAGGGAUGGUUUGGUGAGGCGGAUGGCGACGUUGGUGGCGGAGUUGGGUUUCCGGUGUCUGCAACAUGAGAAGGAUAUGAGGCCGACGAUGAGAGAAGUGGUGGAGAAUUUAAGAGGGAUACAGAAAGAGGAGUUGAAUGUGCAAAAACAAGAGGUGGUUGACAUUGUGGUGGAUGACGGUAGUAAUCCGCCUUCUUCUGGUUCAGGGGCUACCGGCAACUUGGUUGAGACUUGAGAGCC